UCUCUUUACCCCCUUUAUUUUGUUCUUGGUUUGCAUAUUUAAAACCUCUCCGCUCCCUCCUGUCCCCCGCCACUGGAAUCCUUCCCGGCUCUAAAUGGAAUUAGUGGAGAUCGGAGCCUCUGGUGUAAGGAACAGACAUGAUCUAUGGACGCAGUUUGUUUCACAUUGUAGCAAGUUUAAUCAUCCUCCAUUUGUCUGGGGCGGCCAAGAAAGGAACAGAAAAGCAAACUCCCUCAGAAACACAGAAGUCGGUGCAGUGUGGAACUUGGACAAAACAUGCAGAGGGAGGAAUCUUUACCUCUCCCAACUAUCCCAGCAAGUACCCCCCUGACCGGGAGUGCGUCUACAUCAUAGAAGCUGCCCCAAGACAGUGCAUUGAACUUUACUUUGAUGAAAAGUACUCUAUUGAACCGUCUUGGGAGUGCAAAUUUGAUCAUAUUGAAGUUCGAGAUGGACCUUUUGGCUUUUCUCCAAUAAUUGGGCGAUUCUGUGGACAACAAAAUCCACCUGUAAUAAAAUCCAGUGGAAGAUUUCUAUGGAUUAAAUUUUUUGCUGAUGGAGAGCUGGAAUCAAUGGGGUUUUCAGCUCGAUACAAUUUCACACCUGAUCCUGACUUUAAGGACCUUGGAGUUUUGAAACCCUUACCAGUUCCAUUUUUGUGUGUUUGUUUGGCAUUUUCUUAUUUAGCGUGUGAAUUUGAGAUGGGUGGCCCGGAAGGAAUUGUGGAGUCCAUGCAAAUCAUGAAGGAAGGCAAAGCGUCUGCUAGCGAGGCAGUGGACUGCAAGUGGUACAUCCGGGCGCCUCCACGAUCCAAGAUUUACUUACGGUUCUUGGACUAUGAGAUGCAGAACUCAAAUGAGUGCAAGAGGAAUUUUGUAGCUGUGUAUGACGGCAGCAGCUCGGUGGAGGACUUGAAAGCUAAGUUCUGCAGCACCGUGGCUAAUGAUGUGAUGCUCCGCACGGGUCUCGGGGUGAUCCGCAUGUGGGCAGACGAGGGCAGUCGGAACAGUCGCUUUCAGAUGCUCUUCACAUCCUUCCAAGAACCUCCUUGUGAGGGCAACACAUUCUUCUGCCAUAGUAACAUGUGUAUUAAUAACACGUUGGUCUGCAACGGACUCCAGAACUGUGUGUAUCCUUGGGAUGAAAACCAUUGUAAAGAAAAGAGGAAAACCAGCCUCCUGGACCAGCUGACCAACACCAGCGGGACUGUCAUUGGUGUCACCUCCUGCAUUGUGAUCAUCCUCAUCAUCAUUUCUGUCAUCGUACAGAUUAAACAGCCUCGUAAAAAGUACGUGCAAAGGAAAGCAGACUUUGACCAGACAGUUUUCCAGGAGGUGUUCGAGCCUCCGCAUUAUGAGCUGUGCACUCUUAGAGGGACGGGAGCAACAGCUGACUUCGGGGACGUGGCCGAUGACUUUGAAAAUUACCAUAAACUGCGGAGGUCAUCUUCCAAAUGCAUUCAUGACCAUCACUGUGGAUCACAACUGUCCAGCACUAAAGGCAGCCGCAGUAACCUCAGCACAAGAGAUGCUUCUAUCUUGACAGAGAUCCCCGCACAGCCGGUCAAACCCCUCAUCCCCCCCAUGAACAGAAGGAACAUCCUCGUCAUGAAACACAACUACUCGCAGGACGCUGCUGACGCCUGUGACAUAGACGAGAUUGAGGAGGUGCCCACCACAAGUCACAGGCUGUCCAGACAUGAGAAAGCCGUCCAGCGGUUCUGCCUCAUUGGGUCUCUAAGCAAACAUGAAUCUGAAUACAACACAACUAGGGUCUAAAAAGAAAAUUCAAGAGAAGAACUAUUUAUACAAACAUGGGGACUGUGAAAAGGAAAUUCUAUAGUGAAUUGUGAAAAGUGGACAUAUUUCUAAAUUCAUUCCACUGCCUUUAUCCAAACAUAAGAAUUACAGACAUUUGUUAUUCC